AUACGAUGAAAAAAGGAAAGCGUAUGAUGUAGUGAAAAGAGAUCGAGACAGCAAAAUGGACUCACUGAAGCAAGCGAAAGUGCAGUUUGAGCCUCUGCAGAGAAGACUCGACGAGAUUGCAGCAAAGAAAGAAAAAGCUGAUUUACAAAUGAAACAGAAGACGAACAGCCUCAGAGAUUUUGCAACAAAAGCCCAGGCAAAUAGCAAAGAGAUAGAAGCAGCUACUGACAAGCAAAAUGAAAUUCUGGAUGAUUUAAACCUCAAAAAGACGGAGGAAAAUUCAAGAAGAAAAAGAAUUCAAGACCUACAACGACAGGUGGAUGCUCUGCAAUCUGAAUAUCAAAACACAGAUGAGCAGGAAAAUCUACAGGUAUCUUGUGUGCAGUCAAUGUCAUAUUGUGUGUAUGUGUCAACAUCAUUUCUUUGCAACAUCACUUAAUUGAUUUAUCAGAUUGAUGAAUCCAGUCAAAUGUGUAUUAGGAAGCUACACCUGAAAAGUUCAAAAGUGGUCUCUUAUAAAAAGUAUUGAUAGAGAUUAAGAGGAGCAGUUUUGU